AUGGCCUCUAAGUCGUCCCUACUAAAGAUAAUUCUACUUGGAGACGGCGGAGUUGGGAAAUCUUCUCUCAUGAAUCGCUACGUCUCCAACAAGUUUGACAGUCACCUUUUCCACACCAUCGGUGUGGAGUUUCUCAACAAGGAACUAGAGGUUGACGGCCGUAUGGUCACCCUACAGAUAUGGGACACGGCCGGACAGGAGCGUUUCCGUAGCCUCAGAACGCCUUUCUACCGCGGCUCUGACUGCUGUCUGCUCACCUUUAGCGUGGAUGACAGUCAGAGCUUUGUAAACCUAGCCAACUGGAAAAAAGAGUUUGCCUACUACGCUGACGUAAAAGAGCCUGACAACUUCCCUUUUGUCAUACUUGGCAACAAGGUUGACGUUCAAGAAAGGCAGGUGGCGGCCGAAGAAGCCCGACGGUGGUGUCGCGAGAAUGGCGGACAUCCUUAUUUCGAGACGAGUGCCAAGGACGCGAUCAAUGUGACGGCGGCGUUUGAGGAGGCAGUGAGGCGCGUGAUGGCCUCAGAGGACCGAGCGGAGCAUCUGUUACCCUCAGACGCGGUGGAUCUUCGGAAGAAGCCUCGUUCUGGCAAUACCUGCUGUUGA